GCAAUAUAUAUAUCAGGUAGAACUUGGCUCUCUCAGCAUUUCAAUGCCCUUGGUAGAAGUGCCAGCUAGGUUAAAUUUCUAGUUUCAUCAUGCUUUUGGAGUUUAUGAAUUUCAAGUCAUUCUCUGGUCUUCAGAAAGUCCCUUCUUCUGAGGAAAUCAUGCCUCCGAAUCAGAAUUUGGAAACGCAAAUCAAUGGCAACACAGUGAACGGAAAAUUGUAUCAUCGUAAUGGAUCCCUGAACAAUAAUCCAGAGGGAAAAUUAGCUGUUAUAGACAAAAAUGGCGAAAAAGAUCACUGUAAUCUACAGAAAAGGGUGGGGCUGCUGUCAGGUGUAUGCCUUAUAGUGGGAACAAUGAUCGGAUCAGGAAUCUUCAUAUCUCCUAAGGGUGUGUUGGCAGGAACGGGGUCUGUGGGGCUGAGUCUGAUUGUGUGGGUCGGAUGUGGAAUCAUCAGUCUCUUUGGUGCUCUCUCCUAUGCUGAGCUUGGAACUUUAAUCACCAAGUCCGGAGCAGAAUAUGCUUAUUUACACGAAGCCUUUGGACCCUUCCAUAAGACCCUGGGUGCCAUUCCUGCUUUCCUCUUUGCCUGGACAUCAGUCCUGAUUCUGAAGCCUGCACUGUUUGGGGUGGUCUCUAUGAGUUUUGCUCUGUACACCACGGAACCAUUCUUUGAGUGUGGACCACCAGAUGUGCUCGUUAAAAUCGUUGCCAUUGUGUGUCUCUUUUUUGUAUCAGCUGUCAAUUGCUACAGUGUAAAGCUUGCAACAAAAGUUCAGAAUGUUUUCACGGUGGCCAAGUUGCUUGCUAUAGCUGUCAUCACUGUAGGAGGAUUUGUUUACAUGGGGAAAGGUGAAGUAGAAGAAAUUAACACUGGCUUUGAGGAUACUAUUCAAUCACCUUCUCUGAUAGCCCUAGCAUUCUAUGAUGGACUUUGGGCUUAUGAUGGCUGGAACAAUUUGAAUUACAUCACUGAAGAAAUAAGAAACCCCACAAGGAACCUGCCCUUGGCCAUUAUGAUUGGGAUUCCUCUGGUGACCUUAUGCUACCUCCUGACUAACCUCUCUUACUAUACUGUAAUGACCCGUGCAGAACUACUCCGCUCUACUGCUGUCGCUGCUACCUGGGGGGAUAGAGUUCUGGGUGGUGCUGCGGUACUUAUACCUAUAUUUGUGGCUAUGUCCACGUUUGGUGCUGCCAAUGGCUCCUGCUUUACGGGUGGAAGACUGACAUUUGUAGCCGCCAGGGAGGGCCAUCUACCAAAGGUCUUGUCCUAUGUCCAUAUAAAGAAGUUCACUCCCUUACCAUCCCUCAUGAUUUCUACUUUCCUGGCAGCUGUAAUGGUGCUGAUGGGAGACAUUUUUGCCCUGAUUGAUUUCUUCAGCUUCACAGCCUGGUUGUUUUAUGGUAGUACGAUGGCAGCAUUACUGGUACUGAGGUACACCAAGAGGGAUGCCAAAAGACCUUACAAGGUGCCCAUUAUUUUGCCAAUCACAGUUCUCUGUGUGUCCGUGUAUCUUGUGAUAGCUCCCAUUGUCAAUGACCCCAGAAUCGAGUUCCUGUAUGCUUUCAUCUUCGUCAUUAGUGGUUUGAUCUUCUAUGUCCCAUUUGUGGUGAUGAAGAAGUCACUUCCUUACACAGAGACUGUGACCAAAUUUAUUCAGCUCAUCUUGUGGUGUGCCCCUAGCCGAUAUGAAUCUGAGCUUGUCGGAGACUAAUGCACGUCAUUAAUGCGUAUAGUCAAACUGUGAUAUUGUGUCAAUAUAAGACAUUUAUAUUAAUUUCAUGUAAAAUUGUUUUUCACUUGCAUUAAUCAUGUUAUAAGUUUUCCUUUUAUAAUUCACAAUGCAGCAUUAAAAGAUAAUAUAUUUAUUUUUAUGUUCAAAAAUCAUGUUAGUGAAUAUAUUUAUUUUUUCUCAUUAAAGGUGAACAUGAAAUAAAAGUAAUUAUUUUCCAUUGUUGAAUAUAGCUAAAUAUUUAUUUAUAUGGAUCUUUCAUAUACUGUUAUAAUUCUAAUGGUUUAUUGAUAGUACUAUAAACACUCUUCAUGUAGAUGUAUAUAAACAUAGAUUGCUAUGGCUUACUCCAAACUAUAAAUGUAGGAAUGACAUAGAUUUAUUAGAGUUUCUAUGUAGAUAGUUUUCAUUUUUUGGUAAUUUUUACAUUCCAGGGAAAAAAACCCCCGAAACUGAACCUGCUAUUUAAGAUUCGUUCAUACCCUCUGAUAUAUGCAUACGUCAGAUUUAUGUUUAUUUUUAAUUUUUUUUUUUUUUAUUUUGUGUCCUCCAUUUUUUCCAGUUACUCAAGGUGUUCAUGCAUUACUAGGUGUGCCAAAUAUUGCAGCCUUCUGUAUUACAGCAUUGCAAAUAGUUCAAAUUCUUGUUGCUCCUGAUAGAGGCAUAGUUUUAACAAAAGUAUGUUGCAGGAUGGUGUAAAUUUUAUAUACUAUGUAUAUAUGUAUAAAUCAAGCCUUAAUUAUUUCUGGCAUAAGCACUGAGUGAUUUUUUUGUUUGCCUUAUUUUUGUUAUAAUUUUUUUUUUGCUUUGUCCUGAUAUACCUGUAUUUUACAAAAGCAGUGCAUUUAUGCCUCUCUUUUUUUAACCCAUCAAGAAAUAUGUUAACUGUUAUGUUGUUAAAGUUUCCAUUGGUUUGGUGACUAUUGAGCAAUAUUGUCCAGUCUCUAGCUUUGUAUACUUUCCCCAUUUGUUUUACGAUUCCAAAACCAUGAGAUUCUAAUAACAUACUUUUUAUAUGAUCUGUCAUUAGUAAUGUACAGUGUCUUUGAUUAUAUUGACAUAUUGUAUAUCCAUAUAUUUAUGUAUAUAUGUAAGAUAUAUUGUAUAUUAUAUUGGGUAUAAUCCCACAAGAAACAGCAUUCAGGGUUUUAUAAGUAUUAGUAAUUUAUUUGCCAAUAUAUAAAGUAUAUAAAAUAGCAUUAAAAUGAAAUGUAGAUCAAUUCCUUGGUAGAAUUUAUUAUUUUUAUUGAGUUUUAAAUUUUUUUAAAUAAUGAUCAGCUAUGACCAUGGCAGGGUGUAAAAUGUAUGGAAAAUGGACAUAGUUGUUUGCUUUUGUUACAAGGAUCCUGGGACAAUGGAUGACAGAUUUCAUGGUUUUUUUUAUUAUAAGCAUUAUUGUUGGUGAAUGAUACAGUGUUAUGAUUGAUUGUUGGCUUAUAUGGUAACAUAUUUAUGCAAAAAAGUGUAAAUACAUGGAUCUCAGUAAAUCAUAAUGCAUACCUAUGAA